AUGGCGGCACGGGGUGCAAGCCAGGGUGCAGCAAUAGACAGUACAAUUACGGGGGAUUCUGGCGAUAUCCUGAAGUCAUCGUGUGCUGCGUAUAAACGGGAUUCUGAAGAAAUAUUGACUGCUCAAAGCGAGACAUUGAGGUGUUACGAGAGUAUGGAAAGAUCUCUUUCACGAAAAUUGCAACAGGCAAUGCGGGACGACGGCGUAAAAUUGUUAAGCAGAAGGCAUAGAAAAAUAAUUGGACGAGUGGAGCGAAAACCUAGUCUGAUUUUUAUUGGACAGACAAACUCAGGUAAAAGCUCGUUAAUUAAUCUCCUUCUUGGAGGGACCUACGUUAGUGCCAAACAGACACCGGCGACAGCUAGACUAGUGAAGCUGAACUACGGGAAGAAACAGCAAGUAAGUGUUAUAUCGCGGGAUGGCAGUGUCAUCGACACAAAGCGAAUCGUCAAUAAAACCAUUCCGCGCAAAUGGAUAGAGCUGGACGAUAAAUCUCGGCGUGAUCCGAAGAUCCUUGGCAGCUACCUUGCAGCUGAGGUGGAUAACGAUUUUUUGGCUAGCGGUGUUGAAGUCGUUGAUUCGCCUGGUCUGAAAGAGAAUGAAGAAUUAGACAGAUUGGUGUUGAACGAAUUGAAAAGCAUCGUUCCAUUCGUAGUGUACGUACUCGACGGGCAAAACCAACUCACAAAUCAGGAUCGAGAAGACAUCAAUAAAGUGCAAGAAAUAACCAAAGAAAUAUUCUUCGUUGUUACCAAAGUAGAUAAAGACGAUGACGACGAUGAUGAUGACGAUUGGAGUGAGGCGGACGUGGUUUAUGAGAAGAAAAGUCGAGCAUAUAACAGUCUUGUCAGAGAGGGAUACCUGCCAGACGGUGUAAGCAUGGAGGAUUGUAACCGUUUCCAUGGCAUCUCAAACUGGCGCGUGAAAGAAUAUCGGAGAGGAAACCACGCCGGUCGAUCGCAAUUCAUACAUGAUUACAACAAAUUCCAAGUAUGUCUCUGUGACUUUAUUAGGUCAUCGUUAGAUGUUAUUGUACGCGCAGCGUGUACCAUCUUGGUAAGUUCCCACACAAGUUGCAUUGACUUCUUCAUACAAAGGGCAACCAAGUCUAAGGAGCAACACCAACAGUUUGUUCGAAAGUUGGAUGAAUGCCGUGAAAGAGAAAACAAACUGUACUCACGCAUUUCGGCUAAAAUAAAGCACAAAAAGACGGAAGUUACCGAUGAUAUCUCAACGAGUAUUAGGAAAGCCAAACCAGAAAUCCUGAAAGACGCUGCGAAUCGUACGUUUACUGACAUAGAAAUUCCAACUACUGGAGUUGUAACAAAAGAUCAAAUCAUCAAAGAAUGUCAGGAGCAAAUGGAAAACUUUGUGAAAUCUAAAAUCGUCACGAAUAUAGCCGCAACGUUGAGUCGUACAUUCCAGGCAAACGAUGGAAUCCUUGAAGAUAUCCUGCUGGUCGCCAAGGAGUUAGAAACCAAUCAGGGAGAUCACGACAUUUCUGAAAUCCUAAAGCAUUGCACAAUGUCAUCAUAUGAUGUAGAGAAUGCAGUUCGUCUGGAAAAAACUACCUGGAAAUCGAAAAUGAAGAAAGCUACCAGAAAAACCCUAUCUAUCAUGAAGCACCCAUUUGACUCAGCCCGUGGUCGAAUCCAUGUUAACCAGCAAUGGAAAAAGGCUACAGCUGAGGAUAUCCUUGGUAAGGUGAAUAUAGACAUGAUAGCCGAGACAGUGGUUUCCCAGGCAACAAACCACCUUAAUGCCUGUCAUAAAGACUUUGAAAUCGCGAUCAACCGACUGGACGACAUCCUGAGACUGUCAUCUCGUACAAGUGAAAAAGAAAGACACAUCAUUCGAGAUAUAGCCCCUCGAAUAGCUCGACUGGAGUUCGAUACAUACUCUAUACUGGACAAGAGAAUGUAUGGGUUGCCUAAACUUGGUAAAUUGAUCGGCAGAGGGAGCCAAAGUGAUGUCUACGAAUGUGAAUGUUAUGCCAAUGGCGCACAAGCGUAUGCGGUGAAGGAGGUAGACAUGACAAGACAGAUAAAUGAUAUGGACAAUUUCGCGUUGGAAGUGCACUACACAAGGAAAAUAUCAAAUGACGAUCGAAUGUUGCCACUGAUCGCCAGUAUAAAGCACGAUAAUUAUGUGUACCUUGUAACACCGCGAAUGAAGUGGGAUUUGAUGAAGGCGUUACCACAUUACAAACAACUGAAGGAUAGACUGUCUAUUGCCGUGGAAAUUGCUAAGGGAAUCCGAUUUUUACAUAGUUGCGGUUUAGUGCAUAGAGAUAUUAAAGCAGAAAACAUUUUGUUGGACGAAGAUAGCGAGGUAAAAAUUGCUGACUUUGGACUUAGUAAAGCAGAGGGCCUCAUCACAGACUCCAUCGUGGGCGCACCUAUAGCCAUGGCACCAGAACUUAUCAGGGGAGAGCAAUAUAACAAAUUGGUAGAUGUCUAUGCAUUUGGAAUACUGCUCUGGUUCAUCUGCGAGGGAUCGGGAGUCAACCCCAAAAAAUACGCCAAUGUAAAGGGGGGAUACGAUUUAAUGUUGUUUUGCAAAGACGGUCUUCGUCCGGAGUACGUCAAGUCGUUUGACAAGAAAUGUUGGAAUUUGAUGGAAAGUUGUUGGGAUGAAGACCCAGAGAACAGGCCAGACUUUGAUACUAUUAUUAAAGAACUGAAGGAAAUUCGAAAAAAGUGUCGCUGA